AUCCUCCUGGCCUGGGAUAGAUCUGCAAGCAGAGCCCUGACGUCUAUUUAGCUGCUCUUUCUGCAGCACAAAGCUGAAAAGCAAAUAAAACCAACACCCCACUUGGUUAUUUCUUGCACAUCACACUCUCAGGCUGCACUGACCUCCUCAAGGCUUGAGCUGCUCCCUGGGAGAGGCUGAUGCUGCUCCUUCAAUUCCACCAAACACUGUACAUCCCUGGACUCAUCCCUCUGUAACUAUAUCUAUAGCUUAAAUGUGUUUAGAAUAAAACAAACAAAACCAAAAACUUUCUAAUUUCACCAAACAAUGCCCAAAUCAAAUUCACCUGAUGUUUUAUAUUCCACCAAUGAGGCAACACAAUUAGAUACUUAUAACUUUGCUACAGAAGUUUCACAGAAGCAUGCGGUGCAAGUAUUUUACCCUUCAGGCAUUACUAUGUAAUCUAUCUAUCAUCAUUAUCUAUCUAUCUAUCUAUCUAUCAUCUAUCUAUCUAUCUAUCUGCUAUAUAGAAAACUCUUCCUUUAUCAUCUAAAUAUCUACCUAUUCAAUAUCUGUAUAUCUAUAUCACAUGCAACCCCGCCUACGCUAUAGAAAACUUUUAUCAUCUUUUAUCAUCUAUGCAGCUGCCUAUUUAUCAUCUAUAUAUCUCUAACUAUAUAAACAGUACAUAGAAAAACAUACGAGCAACCCCUGUAUACACUAUAGAAAUAUACUUGCUUUCAUUUUAUACAGUUGAUGCCACUUAUAGUCAUCUAAAACCUCAAAACCUGAAGCUACACUAGCGCUGCUAACAAUUUUCUUUUUCCAACAGCAGAAUUUUUUCUCUCUCUCUGCGGGAAUUUUAGCCGAUAUUAGUCGGUGUUAUAGCACAGUGGGACGUGUUAUCGCCUACAAGAUACAUGGUAUAGCCUAGGGAAAAGAGAAAGGGUUAAAUAGCUGCACCAGAUAUUGUAUGAUGAGGAGAAACAGCAUUAAGUAUCAUAUCUAUCAUCAGUCACAAACCCAGCAGCCAAAAGCUUGUAGCUUCCCAUUAUCUCUCAAUGAUUUAAUUAGAGUUUCACACCUGACUGCCUUUGAGUAAAUGAGUGGUAAGAAGUCGUAUAAAAAAAAAAAAAAACAGGUAGCGAUGAUUGACAGGUGGGAGGACCAGUGAGAAGAGCUCAGGCCAGUUGCGGGAUGGUGCCAGGCUCUGUUAAAAGUCCUUGCUCAGUCCUGCCCCCAGUGAAUGGACUCCUGGACCUGAGACAAGUCGUGGGGAGUUUAAGAGAAGGGAAUGGAGUAAAGGCGCAGCCAGAGCACGGGGGAAGCGACAGGAGACAGACACAGCGCUGGAACUGAGCAACCGCCUGACCCUCAGUCUGCACUUCAGUCGCCAUCGGAGGAACAGAUACAGCUACUUCCAAACGCUUCUGUGUGUGCACCGCCAUCUGCACUGGGAAGGUGCCUCCAGCCAUGCAGCAUUAUGGAGUGAAUGGCUACUCCCUGCAUGCAAUGAAUUCACUAAGCGCCAUGUAUAACCUGCAUCAACAGGCGGCACAGCAGGCACAGCAUGCGCCAGACUACAGGCCUUCUGUACACGCACUUACUCUGGCAGAGAGACUGGCUGGCUGUACAUUUCAAGACAUCAUUUUGGAAGCCCGUUAUGGAUCCCAGCACCGAAAACAGAGACGCAGUCGCACUGCAUUCACAGCACAGCAACUAGAAGCUUUGGAGAAGACCUUCCAGAAAACUCACUAUCCUGAUGUGGUGAUGAGGGAAAGGCUAGCCAUGUGCACUAACCUUCCUGAAGCCAGAGUGCAGGUCUGGUUUAAGAACAGAAGAGCCAAGUUCCGCAAGAAGCAAAGAAGUCUUCAGAAAGAGCAGCUGCAGAAACAGAAGGACUCGGAGGUGAGCAACAGUGAGGGGAAGACUGACUCCACCCCUGCAGAUUCUGCAACUUCUAACAAUGACUCCAAGAAGGCCCAUAGCUCCGUAAAUGACUCCAGCGUGGAGCUGAACCUCACGCUAUCAGAACAGUCUGCUAGCGAAUCUGCUGCUGAAGACCAGACUGACAAAGAAGAAGAGCCAAAAACCCCAAAAGAGGAACCCAAAACUGAAAAAAAUCCCAUUGCAGACACCAAGACUCUGAACUCCAAAAAAGCAAGUCCCAAAACAGAGUCUCCAGUCAGCAGCACAAUGACACCCUCCUCCAGCAGUUGCCUCACUCCAACCCAUUCCUACUCGUCUUCACCCCUGAGCCUCUUCCGUCUGCAAGAACAGUUUCGUCAGCAUAUGGCAGCUACCAACAACUUAGUCCAUUACUCUUCUUUUGAUAUGGCAAAUCCGCCAGCAGUACCUUAUCUGGGCAUGAAUGUCAGCAUGGCUCCCCUGAGCUCUUUGCAUUGCCAGUCGUAUUACCAGUCCUUGUCCCAUGCACAGCAGGUCUGGUCUUCCCCCAUUCUGCAGUCUUCAGGGGGCCUUCCAAACUUAAACAGCAAAACUACAAGUAUAGAGAACUUGAGGCUCAGAGCAAAGCAACAUGCUGCAUCCUUGGGACUUGAUACCUUACCUAACUGACUGAAUCACUGAUUAUAAAAACUGUGUAGAUACCAAUCAUUUCUUAGGGAUGCUAAAACCAGAAAGAAGCUUUGUAAGCACUGCCCCACUAUGCCAAAUCCCAGGCACAGUUCUAUACAGACCCUUCUUAAAUGUAUGCCGCACAUGAUACAUCAGCCUCAGACAUGGACUAUUCCUGUACAUUCUGCGUUGAAAUCAAGUGACUUAAUCAAACAAGAAUCUUGCACAAUUCCUUCCUUUGGUGAUAUCCUAGUAAUGAAGACAAUUACAUAAAAAACCUUCUAUUCUGUUGGACAUAGAUCAUUAUGAACUGACAUGUGAACUAUAAAGAUUGCAGUUUAAGUAAUACAAUCCUGCAAAAAGAAGGUCCAAUAAAAUGUAUAAGGUGCAUAUAUCAAGUAAUCUAACAUUUAUAGCUGCAUUCAGUCUUCCUUGGGAAAAAUAAAUGCUUUAGCUUUAGGAAAGAAAACAUUGUUAGUAAGCCUUCUCUUUUGGGCAAUAGGGGCACCAUGCAACUGGUCAUAAAGUAGGCCAUGUCUCUGAUAUCUGUGAUUUAUUAUUUGUGGGUGUACUCAUAAAAUAUAAAAUAUAUAUAUAUAUAUAUAAACUAUUAUAUAUACUUGCAGGAUUUGCAGAAUUUGCAACAAUAAGGAAUAAAAUUAACAGAGGAAAACUGCUUUAUAUAUAUAUAUAUAU